AUGGCGGUAAUAAGCGUUAAACCUCGACGAAGAGAGAAGAUCCUACAGGAGGUAAAAAACAGCUCGGUAUAUCAAACGGUAUUUGAUUCCGGUACUACUCAAAUGCAGAUACCGAAAUAUGAGAACAAGCCAUUCAAGCCUCCAAGAAGGGUUGGAUCAAAUAAGUACACACAACUCAAACCAACCGCCACUGCAGUCACAACAGCCCCUAUAUCUAAAGCCAAAGUUACUGUCAACUUGAAAAGAAGCAUUUCGGCGGGACCUACUUUAAAUCUUGCCAAGAAGCCGAAUAAUCUGUCCUCAAAUGAAAACACUAGAUAUUUUACUAUCAUGUACAGGAAGCCUACUACCAAAAAGCACAAGACUUGGAGUGGUGAUGGCUACGCUACCUUAAAAGCCAGUAGCGAUAAGUUAUGCUUUUAUAACGAAGCAGGGAAAUUUCUUGGGUCAAGUAUGCUACCAAGUGAUUCAGAUUCUCUCUUCGAAACUCUUUUCAAAGCAGGCUCCAAUGAAGUACAAUUGGAUUACGAAUUGAAGGAAAAUGCAGAAAUACGUAGCGCCAAAGAAGCCUUAUCACAAAACAUGGGAAAUCCCAGCCCACCGACCACAAGCACAACAGAAACAGUGCCUUCUACGAAGAAUGACGGUGGCAAAUACCAAAUGCCUCUGUCUCAGCUGUUUUCACUAAACACUGUGAAAAGAUUCAAAUCAGUAACAAAGCAAACAAAUGAACACAUGACCACAGUACCUAAAACCAGUCAAAAUUCCAAAGCCAAAAAAUAUUAUCCAGUAUUUGAUGUCAACAAAAUCGAUAAUCCUAUAGUAAUGAACAAAAAUGCAGCCGCUGAAGUUGACGUAAUUGUUGAUCCAUUACUGGGCAAAUUCUUGCGCCCUCAUCAGAGGGAAGGGGUGAAGUUCAUGUAUGAUUGCUUAAUGGGCUUGGCAAGACCAACUAUUGAAAAUCCGGAUAUCGAUUGUACUACUAAAAGUUUAGUGUUAGAAAAUGACUCAGAUAUUAGUGGAUGCCUUUUGGCUGAUGAUAUGGGUUUAGGUAAAACACUAAUGAGUAUAACUUUGAUUUGGACAUUAAUUAGGCAAACUCCUUUUGCAUCAAAAGUUUCAUGUUCGCAAUCAGGCAUACCAUUAACUGGACUUUGUAAGAAGAUUUUAGUCGUUUGUCCCGUUACUUUAAUAGGAAAUUGGAAAAGAGAAUUUGGAAAAUGGUUAAAUUUGUCAAGAAUAGGUGUUUUGACAUUAAGCUCAAGGAAUUCUCCUGAUAUGGAUAAAAUGGCUGUCAGAAAUUUUUUAAAAGUGCAACGAACUUAUCAAGUCUUGAUUAUUGGCUACGAAAAACUCUUGAGUGUUUCUGAAGAAUUAGAGAAAAAUAAACAUUUGAUUGACAUGCUGGUGUGUGACGAAGGCCAUCGACUAAAAAACGGGGCUUCUAAAAUUUUAAAUACGCUGAAGAGUUUAGACAUAAGAAGGAAGCUUUUGCUUACGGGAACUCCUAUACAAAAUGAUCUUAAUGAGUUUUUCACUAUUAUAGAUUUCAUAAACCCAGGAAUCCUUGGAAGCUUCGCUUCUUUCAAAAGAAGAUUCAUUAUCCCUAUAACUAGAGCCAGAGACACUGCAAACAGAUACAACGAAGAAUUGUUGGAAAAGGGGGAAGAAAGGUCAAAAGAGAUGAUAGAAAUUACGAAAAGAUUUAUUUUGAGACGAACAAAUGCGAUUUUAGAAAAGUACCUUCCUCCAAAGACGGAUAUAAUUUUAUUCUGUAAACCAUACAGCCAACAGAUAUUGGCAUUCAAAGAUAUUUUGCAGGGCGCACGUUUAGAUUUUGGACAAUUGACGUUCAGUUCUUCGCUAGGACUAAUAACAUUACUGAAAAAGGUUUGUAACUCUCCUGGAUUGGUUGGCUCAGAUCCCUAUUACAAAUCACAUAUAAAGGAUACCCAAUCUCAGGACAGCUAUAGUCGUUCUUUGAACUCUGGUAAGUUAAAGGUAUUAAUGACAUUACUAGAAGGUAUUAGGAAGGGUACCAAGGAGAAGGUCGUCGUAGUGUCUAACUACACUCAAACAUUGGAUAUAAUUGAAAAUUUGAUGAAUAUGGCUGGGAUGUCACAUUGCAGACUCGACGGUUCCAUACCUGCUAAACAAAGGGACUCUAUCGUCACAUCUUUCAAUCGGAAUCCAGCCAUAUUUGGAUUCUUGUUGAGUGCAAAAUCGGGAGGUGUAGGAUUGAAUCUAGUCGGUGCUUCGCGACUUAUUUUAUUUGAUAAUGAUUGGAAUCCUUCAGUAGAUUUGCAAGCGAUGUCACGAAUUCAUAGAGAUGGUCAAAAAAAGCCGUGCUUCAUAUAUAGACUUGUCACAACUGGGUGUAUCGAUGAGAAAAUAUUGCAAAGGCAAUUAAUGAAGAACAGUUUGAGCCAAAAAUUUCUAGGUGACUCGGAGAUGAGAAAUAAAGAAUCUUCUAAUGAUGAUCUUUUCAAUAAAGAGGACUUGAAGGACCUGUUUUCUGUCCAUACAGAUACCAAGAGUAACACACAUGACUUAAUUUGUUCUUGCGAUGGUUUAGGUGAGGAAAUUGAAUAUCCUGAAACAAAUCAACAGCAGAACACCGUAGAGCUGAGAAAGCGUAGCACUACGACAUGGACAAGUGCGCUGGAUUUACAAAAGAAAAUGAAUGAAGCAGCCACCAACGAUGAUGCCAAAAAGUCACAAUACAUUAGGCAAUGUCUCGUUCAUUAUAAGCAUAUCGAUCCAGCAAGACAAGAUGAAUUAUUUGAUGAGGUUAUCACAGAUUCGUUCACCGAAUUGAAAGAUAGUAUUACCUUUGCGUUUGUAAAGCCCGGCGAGAUAUGUCUCAGAGAACAAUGA